UAUUUCACGGCACCUUCGCGCCUCCUUCCGCGCACUUUCCUCCUCCUUCCAGUGCCGAUGGAGUCAAUGCAAUCAAACUGUACUUAAUCACUUCUCUCUCCGCCUUCUCAGCCAGAAAAGCCCUAGAUCCGUGCAGAAAUUUCAACUUUCAAGGUUUCCAAAGUUCCUCCAAUGGCCGGAAUGCUUCCUGGUGUAGAGUGUGCUCGAAGAAGACGAUGUCAUCAAAACAAAGUAUGGUCAGAUUCACCGCACAUCGCCGCUCAAGCCUUAACCAGGAGAUCUGUUCUCUGCUUGUACACCAGCAACCACGAAACGCUCCUCGCUUCAAAUCCAUCUCUGGAAAGAAGCCUGUUAAUCGAGGCGGAUGAAGACGAUAAACUGGUUGGAAGUGCGAGAGAGGCGAAGAGGAGAUUGGACGAGCGAUUGAGAACGCAGAUGAAAUCCAGAAAGUUCAAUUGGACAAAGUUCAAUUGGACGGGCGUGGAGCAAGACAAGUGUGGCCAGUGCUGGUGAAGAAGACGACUUCAUUUCAGUGGAUCUGUUCUUCUUCUUCUUCUUCUUCUUCUUCUUCUUCCAUGGUGCUUUGUUUUUUCUACCCCGAUGCCGGUUCGGAUUAUGUAUAUUUCAAAUUACAUCUCAUAAACACCGCUUAAAAUUCAUAAAAACUCAAACUGUUCAUGUUUGGAUUCAUUAAUUAUUUAUGAAUCUAUUAAUUAUCUAUUUCUAACA